AGGAAGGAGCGAGGACAGGCGCGAGAGCUGUUAAAUGAGAGAAAGCUCAUUAGGUAGAAAAAGAAGAGAGCAAGGAAUAAGGGGAUACUGUUCAAGGAGAGACAGGAAGAUAAAUUGACAAGAGAAGGAAGAAGUGUCAAAUAAAUCAGUAAGAGAGAGAGAGUAUGCAAACGGAAGUGUUGAGAUGACGUGUUGAAAAGAACAAGAAGAAAGAAGGAGAGAGAGAAAAAGAGAGAUGAAAAAAAGUAAAAGAGAAAAGGUAAAGAGUUGAUCGCACUGGAUGUAAAAGAUCAAGUCCACAAGCCUCGAAAAGAGAGACAGAUAGAGGGACACUAAACGGAGAUUACAGAUCCAUGGCUGUUGACUGGACCAGUUAAAAAAGCAGCCGGCACCAGGAUUGGCCAGUGAGCUGCAGACGUGCACCACUGGAGCGAGAACUUCACGGACGAGCCAGAGAACGCCAGCGAAAGAACAGUCCGGAUCAACUGUCCCCACACAUGAGCCGGUCAGACAUUGUGGUCUGGCACUGAACCAUUCGAUCCCUCCCUUUUAAACCUUGGAUUUUUCCUGCAACCUUUCGCUUCACCUGUUUCCUUUUCUGCCGUUCAUUUGCUCCGUCGCCUCUCCCUCUCCCAGAAUCCCCCCAUUUGCUCCUUAAUAUCUCUCGUUCAUCUUUCCAUACUGCUGUGUGAGUGUGGUGUGUGUGUGGUGUGUGUGUGCAUGUGCUAGUGCCAGUGUUUGACGAGGCAGAAGCUGAAGGUUGGUCAGAAAGAGCCUGCAAGCAUCCGUUUUCUAUUCCUAGCCCAGUCCACUCAGGGCAUGCUGACCUGAUGGACUGAGAAAGAAAGAUGGAGAAAGGCAGAGAGGAAGAGAGGAGACAGGGAGAGUGAUAGAGUGAUAGAGAUGUAGCUUAGAGGUUUUUGGUGUUCUUGCCAGAAUGUUUGAGAACAGUGGGAAAGAGGCAUGGGCUGCAUGAACUGGCCUUUUGCAUGAGCUGCACAAGACAGGACCCUAGACAUGCUCUACUUUUCAGUCUUUGCUGGUUUGAACCUGCGCUGAAUGGGUAAUGUGCUGUUAUCAGAAGUAAUACACUUUGAAUGCCCUUGUGAGUGAUUAACGCUGUGUCAGAUCGAAGCAAAUAGGAAUGACUUAUCAGCUGUAAGUUUUAUUACCAGCAUGUUCAGAGCUGCUACUGUAGAUUACUUUCGGUAAAGACCUUUUUGGUCACCUUGGAUGUUGAGGAAAGAUAAGUGUUGUAGACACAGUGCAUGGGCAAGUACCACGAGAAAGUAGUGUUAUUUUAGCGCUAAUUCCUGGCCUAAUUUUUGGUCGCCUCAGCGCUUGGUCCCUUGAGAAUUGCCCUGCUGGAGCCCCAUGAGUGCCCCGGCCGCAGAGGCCUGGCUGGGAGAUGAAGCCGUCGUGCCCUCUGCUACUCUAGCGGCCCUGUGGGCCCUCAUGGCUCAGGAAGGCCCCUGUCCCCCCGGCCCAAUCCCCUCCUCCUCUUCCUCUCCCCCUCUGGGGUCCCGCCAUCGCCGUCGCCUGGCUCGCCCUGGGACGCCACGGGCCAGUGCCGCUCCGUCCCAUCGACUCUCUCCUUUGGCCCUCCUGGCCCGGACUCGUCUGCACGGCCUGCGUCAGGCCUGCGCCCCGGCUGCUUCGGUGGGCCGCCGUGCCUUCUGGACGCUUGCCCUUUGCACCUCAGUGGGCUUGCUUUUGUCCUGGUCAUCCAAUCGUCUGCUGCACUGGUUGGCCUUCCCCACACACACAAGGGUGCACACAGAAUGGGCGAGAGAACUACCGUUUCCAACCGUCACCAUCUGCAACAACAACCCGGUGCGCCUUUACCACCUCACCAAAAGCGACCUGUACUUUGCUGGCCACUGGCUGGGCCUCCUCCUGGCCAACCGCACCGCUCGGCCACUGGUCCUGGACCUGCUGCACGAGGAGAGGCGAGGUUGGUUCAGAAAGCUCUCUGACUUUCGCCUCUUCUUGCCGCCGAGGCGCUUCGAAGGAACCAGCCUGGAAUUCAUGGACCGACUGGGACACCAACUGGAUGAUAUGCUGCUGGGCUGCAAGUACAGAGGAGAGCCGUGUGGAGCUCACAACUUCUCCACCGUGUUUACACGGUAUGGGAAGUGUUACAUGUUCAAUGCAGCCGAAGAGGGGAAGACUCUACGAACCACAAUGAAGGGAGGAACCGGCAACGGCCUGGAGAUAAUGCUGGACAUUCAGCAAGACGAGUACCUGCCGGUGUGGGGGGAGACAGAAGAGACAGCGUUUGAAGCCGGCGUCCGGGUGCAGAUCCACAGUCAGGCUGAGCCUCCGUUUGUUCACGAGCUCGGCUUCGGGGUGGCGCCCGGCUUCCAGACCUUUGUAGCCACACAAGAGCAGCGGUUAACAUAUCUGCCCCCGCCGUGGGGGGAGUGUGUGUCCCGGGCGCUGGACUCCAGCUUCUUCCAGGUCUACAGCGUCACGGCCUGCCGCAUCGAGUGCGAGACUCGCUACAUCGUGGAGAACUGCAACUGCAGGAUGGUCCACAUGCCAGGGGACUCUCCAUACUGCACUCCAGAACAGUAUAAAGACUGUGCAGAACCUGCGCUUGCUGCCCUGUCAGCAGUCGAGGGAAGUAACUGCGUAUGCAGAAACCCCUGCAACAUGACGCGUUACAACAAAGAGCUCUCCAUGGUCAAGAUCCCCAGCAAGACAUCAGCACGCUACCUGGAGAAGAAAUUCAACAGAUCAGAGAAGUACAUCACGGACAACAUCCUGGUCCUGGACGUCUUCUUUGAGGCUUUGAAUUACGAGACCAUUGAGCAAAAGAAAGCGUAUGAAGUGGCUGGCCUUCUAGGCGAUAUCGGCGGGCAGAUGGGGUUGUUUAUCGGUGCGAGCAUACUGACAAUCCUCGAGCUAUUCGACUACGCCUAUGAGGUGGUGAAGGAGAGACUUUUGGACCUCUUGAGUCGAGAUGAGGAGGAAGAGAGUCGAGGAGAAGACGUGAGCACCUGUGAUCCUGUAGUGAAUCACUCGGAGACGAUCAGCCACACGGUCAGCGUUCCUCUACAGACCACUCUAGGAACGCUGGAGGAGAUCGCCUGCUGAGUGCACUUUCCCUCCACACCACCAGGAGGCGGACCACAUCUUCCUCUCUUUCCCUGACAGUCUACUGAUGGGACAGAAGUCUGGGGAAGACGGGCCGAAACGAAAAGAGGGAACGUCUGAAACGACUCGUUCUCUUUAUUUUCUUGCUGUUCAAACUGUUUAAACUGUUCAAACAUGAUCAUCUUGCACAAAACCCAUAAAAAAAAUAAAAAAAACAAGCGCAGAGGCAGCGACCAAUGAACAACGCAAAGGAUCGUCAGGAGGAGGAUGCUGACCUCUUUCUUUCCACACACACACUUUCAUACACACACAUACAGUCAUACACACACACACAGUUCCCAAAGCCGAAACUGAGGCAAGACUCAUCUGAGACAGUUCCAAACACGAAACAAAGUGUGUGUGAAUGUGCACUCGCGUAGGACUUUACAAAUCAGUGUGUAAAUGUCUCUCUCUCUCCCUCUCUUUCUCUCUCUCUUUUGCUCUCUCUCUCGUUCUCUAUCUCUCUCUGCUCAGCCGCCGUUUUGAAGUCUACUGCCAAAAACAUGAAGAAAUACCAGAGAAAACAUGGUGAACCUCUUUUAACUUUGCAUGUGUCGGUUUCUCGGGCUGUGAUGCUCUCUCUCGUUUUCUCUCGCGCCAAGAGCACUUCCAUCGCGCCGCUCGUUCGCUGUGUGUCUCUCUGCAUCCGGCCGGCCAGAACCUGUCCCGAAUCUACAACCCUACAAUCGGCACCCAUCCUUUCUUUUCUUCUUAUUUCUUUUCUUCUCUCAUUUUCUUUGUUCACUAGUUCUUCACUUUUCUAUUUUAAAAUUUGAACCCAAAAAGCCCUAGAAACCCAUAGGAACCCCUACUGACAUUUCUGCCACCGCAACUUCACCUUGUGACUGGAUAACGAGGGUCUCUGCACCAGGCGCCUUCCUUUAUCAACCUGUAAACUCAAAUUAUAAGGGAGAGGAAUACAAAAGAGAAGGUAAAGAAAAAGAAGAAAAGAAAAUAGCAAAAGAACUUGAAGAUUUAAAAAAAAGGUGUUUUAUUGUCUUUUGUUUUUAAGCCAUAAAAUGUGGUCAUGUCAUCUUACAGGAACAAUAACCAUAUAUGUAGUUCUUAGUCUUGCUUAGUUUUGGGAUUUUUUUUGGUUUCUUUGUUCUUGUUUUGUUUUCUUUAGCCAGACAAUCAAUUGUUUUUGCCACAUUUCCGAUACAUAUCUGAUACUCACUGUAUCUGAUCAUAUCUUUUUUUAAGCAGUCUCACCUUUGUAGAUGUUUGAGUACUGAUUCAUUUACUUGGCCAAGGUAGGUGAUACAGUUUCAAAAGCAAGACCUAAACAAGGUUCCUCAAUGUUUAAAAAAGGGUUGAAGGGGUUCUGUACACAUUUUCAAAAGUAGUCCUUUCAAGAUUUACCUAUUAAAAAUGUCACUGAAAGUGGUUGUUGUAUGGCAUUGAAUAAAAAAAGAACCGUUAAGAGUUAAACUAGAAAGAGAAUUGACAAAUUGGGGGAAAGCUCUGUGUACUUUAGGCUCUGAUCAAGUGGAGCUACACUUGUCUUAAUAUUAAAGGUCCUACAAUUAGUUUUGUAACAUUUUUAGGCAUAUUCAGAGAAUUAUAUUCAAAAACCAUUAAACUAAAGCAGAUUUGGCCCCUAAAAUGUCCUUUGGAUUGUUCAGAACAUCAAUGUUAGCAAAGCGAGACCCAGCAUUGUGUGCUAAUUUUUUUUUUCACCCCAAUUUAGGCCAAUUCUCCCACCCAUUCAGCUGCUAGUCACCUUUAUAUCCCCCUAUCACUAGAAGGGUGAAGACUAGCACAUGCCUCCUCCGACACAUGUGAAGUCAGCCACCACCCCUUGUCUAACGGCUGCUGAUGUAGCCGGUAGUCGGUUCUGAUACAUCAGCUCACAGACGCCUUGUGCUGAUCGACAUCACCCUUUGGAGUGAUGUGGGGAAUGAGCGCCGCCAUCUACCCACCCAGAGAGAGCAAGGCCGAUUGUGCUCUCUCAGGGCUCUGGCAGCUGAAGGCAAGCUGCAUGACUGGGAUUCGAACCAGCGAUCUCCCGAUCAUUACAUUAAUGUCAGCGCUAUAGACUGCUGGGACUCUCAGCCACCCAAUGUGUGCUACGUUUCAAAAUGUUCCAAAAAUGUAAGUGAAGUGAGAAAUUUGAACAAAAUCUUAGCAUCUUACAGUGUAUAAUGUUUUUUUUAAAGACCAACUUUUGGUUCUAUAAAACAUUUUUAAAAUAUAGAGAAAAGAGAUGUACAAGUGGAGGUUUAAGAACCAUAUGCUCCUUUUCGCAGAACCUAAAGGUCUAGAAAUUCUUCUACGACUUCAUUAAUUAACUUUCUUGUUACACCUUUACUGUAGCCUGAAGACCUUUUCUGUUUCAACCAGCAGAGGAGCAGAAUAAUAUGUAGAGAACCAGCAUGGUGAGUUAGUCCCCCCGCCUCUAUAUAUGUUAUCCAGAGGAUUUAAGGAUAUAAGAUACAUGGCUAAUGGGAUACUAAUGGCACGGAACGAUCGCCAU